AUUUUCUCAAACGCCAUUUUUACUUGAAAAUCACGAGAGUAAUUCGAUUUGUUGAUCGUAGCUUUGUUGAAUACACCAGUAAUUUUGUGAUUUUACAAAGAAGAUUGUGAAGUUUAGUUAAAUCAAAUAAAAUCCUACCAGUUUGACUAAUCCACGAAGUUCAAGGACGCAAAAUGAGUGAUUCACCAGAUCAAAAUGACCCACCAAAAGAUCCAAAAGAAUUGGAGAAGCUAGAAGAAGCAAAACUGAAGGCAAAGUUCCCAAAUGCAAUGCUUGGGAGAGGUCCAGGAGGACACUCAGCUUUCCUGCAGAAAAGACUGGCUAAAGGACAAAAAUUCUUUGACUCUGGAGAUUAUCAAAUGGCUAAACAGAGACCUGGAAAUCUUGCUGCUCCUUUCAAAGCGCCCGCAGUCCCCGCCAAGCUGCCGACCGGUGAUGCCAUCCCUACCCCUGAAACCGUGCCAGUGAGGAAAACUUCCAUCAUCCAGCCUAAAUUCCAGCAGUCGAGUCAGACUUCCUAGCCUCGCCCGCCCGCUGCAGGCACGAGGACCUGCAACUAAUCACUAAUGUUACUAUUCCAAACUUAAUUUUGCUAAUGCAUCGCACUUAAGCAUCGCUUUUAAUUUUAACAAUUAUAACACCAUUUCAGUAGUUUA